AUGUUGCCCACGACACUCGACUCUCACCAUUUACCCGCCCCGCUGAAAUCGCCGUGUCCGACUCGACUCAGCCCUGCACAGCUUUCUUAUUCUGCGUUUCGCACAUUUCUGCUCAGCAAUGAACCGUGUUUGCUCCCCCGCGAGGUAGUGGAAGCUUGGCCAAUCUGCCAGCAUUGGAGGCUACGGCCCAAGUCGAUCACCGCAGUGGAUCCGAGUUCCGAAGCUUCAUCGACUUCAACACCCAACUACGAAUAUCUCAGGGCAUAUUUUGGUCACUAUCCUUUACCGUCUGUCGUGGAUCAAAGCUGUUUGCGCGUCACACCGGAUGCACCGCCGGCGUUUGGCUCGCUGCUCGACCUCUGGCGCAAUGGCGAGGGACGCUCGCUUUACCUCAAGGACUGGCACUUGCCCGCCAUAUUCGAAUCUCAGGUCGCUGCCAGCGGUGUUCUGAACCGGGACCAGUCGUAUGGCUUCUAUGAGGUCCCUGGCCUUUGGCGUGACGACUGGCUCAACCGUUAUCACCUCGCGAACUCCAAUGACGACUUCCGCUUCAUGUAUGCAGGCGGAGCCGAUACGUUCACCCCACUGCAUCGAGAUGUUUUUGAUUCCUAUUCGAUUUCGACCAACAUUAUUGGUGCCAAGCGCUGGUAUCUCUUCCCGCCUGAACUCACUGCGACCCUGGAGCCGAUGCUUGCCAAAGCUGGCUGGGACAAUGGCUGGGUCAAUGUUGAAGAGUGGGACACGCAGCAAAAGGAGGAGUUCAUAUCAAAGGGCAUGAUGGUCUUUGUACAAGAGGAAGGCGAAACUCUGUUUGGUAGGUUGGUACAGCGCAAUUCGGCUAUGGGGAGCUGUAUCUGACGAGAUUAGAAUGGCCCCACAGUCCCGAGUGGGUGGCACCAUCAUGUCACAAACCUUUCCCAUCCAACGAUAUCACUGAACCAUAACUGGAUCAAUGCGCACAAUAUUUCGGCAACAUAUUGGAGCUUGGCUAGGGAGGGCUUGCGAUGUGCGCAGUCAAUAUCCGAUGUGAAGGAGCUUCUUCAACACCAUAGCAAAGAUGCCUGGCGCCCUCGGUGGGCACGGUGUGUAUCUGAUCUUCUUGAUCAAAGUGCAGGGUGGGGGUAAGCUGCUGGUUUCUUUCAAAGGUGGGUUACCCCUAGCUGAUCAUCUCUCCAUUCAGCUGGUCAACAUUCUGGGCCAUGACUCUUUUUGCUCUGAAGGACUGCCGUCAUCUCCCCAAAGAGACCCCCUCAAGUCAUUGGCCAGCCGUUACUUCUGACUUGCAGCCCCCUGUGCAGUACCUUGUUGUACAAGUAAGUGAGGGUGACCUGCUUCAGACCAAAGUGGCUGGCCACAGACUUACCAUAGUGUCACCUGGCAUUUCAGAUCCAGCCACUCCUAGCUGAUUUCCUGUCAAGAGAGGAGGCUGAGCAUUUGUACCUGCCAGGCCUUUCUGAGCUUUUGGCCUGCAUAACUGAUCAGCUCAAUGUUUUGGAGGAAUUGGCCAAAGCACCCUAA